AGGAUCACGUGUGCAGGCACCGCUUUUGCAUGGCAACUGCUGUGCUGUGAUGUAGUUACGAUUCAUUCAUACCCGCAAAGAACGGUUCCUCAAGAGAGAGAGAGCUUGGUUCUUCUUUUCUUCCUCUUUUUGUUUUACCACAAUGCUGUUUGUACGAGCCCGUCCGCUCCAUCAACAACAACAAGAAAAGAAAAGGUGUGUGCUGGAGCAGUCACGUGAAAUAGAUUUUUUUUCAGAAUUAAUUGCACAACGGUAAGGGGUGCGGCGCGCAAAUGGUGGAUCGAGUGGGUGAAUGGUACGCCUUCUCCCGCACCGACUUUUGCCGCCGUCUCACGCUCUACGAACACUUGCAGUGGAGAAGCCCGCUCGCGUUGGACCCUGCGGAGGCGGCGGGCCGUGCGGAGGCAGAGUUGCCGCCUUCCUUUUCUCUUGCCACCGCGGAGCUGGUCGCAGUGGCCCCUUUCGGCGGCCCCAUCGCUGUGCUCAUCCAUGCCGCGGACUUCACGGCGUCGUCGCCUUCUGUCACGGUGGGCAGCUCCUCCCUGCCGCUGUCGUUUUCUUCAGAUGCGCCCACCCGGCCGUACUUCAACUUGUCCGCCCACUCCGCCGCCACGGCUGCGUCUCGUGCCAUUCACGUCUUCACCAACGCGGGCGAGUUGCUCGCGAGCUUUCCGCUGACGCCGCAGGACGUGGGCCACGACGCGAUCAAGACGCUGGGGUGGACGCCGGAGGGGGAGCUUUUCUGCUUGCUGGAGCCUUCUCUUGUUGUCCUGUUCGUUGACAUGCGCGAUGUUGCGGUGGAGUCUUCAGCAGCGUCGUCCACCAUAAUCUCAAGACGCGUGUCCUUGCGACAUCAGACGGAGGUUGCAGCUCCACCAACGCUGCCGUCAGCUUCGUCCGCCGCCCCCAUCGAAGCGUUGUGCGUCUCAGCGGAGGGCCUCCUCUGCGUUGACGGCGACGGCUCCGGGCAGCUGCACGGCCUGCUGCAUGAGGAGAAGUUUCGCUCCACCCGUGUGCCGCCCGUGCGACUGCCGCUGCACACGCCUUCAUUGCGGACAGCGGGUGAGGCAGGCGGACUGGGGCAAGCAGCAUCCGAGGCGGUGUCGAGACCGCGUGUGACCGCCGUGGAGAUGGUGCCGCCUGCUUGGAACGACUCGGGCGAUUUUGUUGUUUUGUGGGCCCAACACGACGAUAUGUUUCCAGAAAAGAAGGUGCAUGAAGGAGGCAAAGCGAAGGUGAAGGCAGAGGAAGGGGAGGUGGAAGUGAUGAGCACGCUGUGCGCGAUGGUGCUGCCGGACGGUGACGUGCUUGACUACUACGCUAGUGGGAUGGUGGCAGCAACUGCUCCCACUCCCGCCCCCUCACUUGCUUCCACCUGGCCGGCAGCUCGCAUUGCGUGUCCCGGGCGUGUUUUGAACCUGAGUGUGUGCUUGAAUGACCCGACGCGCGUCGCCGCCUUCACCUCCCUCGGUGUCCUGCACGUAUUGCGCAGUAACUUGUCGUGCGUGCUGUACUCCCUCGAUGUGGGGCUGUGCCGAGUGUUGCGUGACAGGGCGGUGACGGCGGCCCACACGUCGGGUGGUGGCGGCGACGGCGGCGGCGCGUUGUCGUCGAACUCGUUCGCUUUUGGUGAUGCUCCCUGGCGCCAGAGUGACAUCGACGGCCCGAGUAACGCAAGCGUCGCAGGCGGGAAUACAGGUACAUCAUUCAGCAGCUCCUUUUCUUCGAUGGUUGGUGCGCACGGCGGAGGCGUGGGCUACCGAGGCAGUGCGGUCGAGUCCGCCGUCGCGUGCCUCGCGUCGUAUAAACUGGAGUGGUGUGGAGCCAAUUUUGUGUUGUUGCACGGCUACCAGUCCGACUUCCAGCAGCCCUACAGCGGCGGCACGACUUCUGGUCCUUCCGUUGCGCGUCAGGAGGCACCAAUGUUUUCACUGCUCGUGUGCGCGCAGAAGGACUGCAGCGUGCGGUGCGAACGCUUAGACUGGUCCUUAGACGGCAGCGGCCACAUCGUCACGGUCGCCGAGGUUGACGGGGUACGUGUGGUGUCGGAUACAGCGUGUUACAUUCUACAGGAAGUUCCGUCCUGUCUGGCGAAGCUGUGCCGCGUGCAGCCGCCAUUUUCCGCCGCGGCGCAGGUUGUGUUGGCGUACGAAGCGUACAUGAACGGAGAUCGCCACGGCAUUGCCCAGGUGCGGGUGGCGCUCUCGUUUUCGGCCUCUACAAACGCCUCCGUGACAGACACCACGGCUGCGGUGGCGCAGGCCAGCGAGGUUGAUAACGAGGAGGACGAUCUCGCGGACGACGAAGGGGAGAUGUCGUAUGCGGAAGGCAUCGUGUACGAGCUGCUCGACGCCGCCUCGUGCGAGCUGGACGUGCAGCAGCAGUAUCUGCUGGUGGCGGCCGCCUCCUUCGCAGGGGAGACAAUUCGCCUGCGUAGCGGCGUGCCGGACGUGAUUGUGGACGUGGUGCGCCGCCUACGUGUGCUGCGCGCCGUGCGAGAAGAGGCGCGUUGCCACACCCCCCUCACCAUGGGUCAGUAUCAGGCCUUGAACGGCAGCGAGGAGCGCCCGGCGCGGCUGCUGAGCAGCUCGGAGGGGUCGGUGCUCGUGGAUCGGCUCGCGUACCUCGGCUACUACCAACUCGCACUGGAUGUGGUGCGGGCACUGCACAUGAAGCUGAAUCGGGUGCUGUCACGCUGGGCCUCGAGCUUUGUGCGACGACACGCGGCACUUCUGUCGGACACGGCGCUGCAUCACGAGGUGGCUCAGGUGCUGAGGCAGUACCCAAGCGCGAGCUACGUGGGGCCCGCGACGACGGCCUUUCAUCUUGGCCGCCGAGAUGUCGCGCUUCGGCUGCUGCGCGACGAGCCGCAGCAACAGCGGCAGCGCGUGCUGCUGCUCGCGAAGAUGGGGGAGCUGACGAUGGCCGGUCGAGCCGCGGCGUCGAGUGGGAGUGCGGAGCUGAUACACCUGGUGGUGAGCGCCUUGGUAGCACGGGAAGCACAGACGCAGCGAGGGCAUGCCUCGAGCAGCGGCGGCGGGGAAGGCGGCGGUGGUGAUCAAGGGCCGCAGGGCGAAGGAGACGGUGCGGCAAAUGUGGCCGCUGAGGGGGUCACGGCUGGCGACGUCUACCACUGCCUCAUCGCGUCGCCGGAGCUGCUGUGCUGGCUGCUCGUGGGGGCGCAGUGUCUCGUGUCGUGGCAGUCGAUGGCGCAGCGCCUCCUCUUUUCCCAUCACUGGUCGCUCGCCUCGCUCGAGUGCCAGCACCUGCUCGUGCAGUGCCUUCGCCGGACCUCGGUGAUGCACCGCAGGCAGCUGCAGCGGCUCAUGGAAGAUACGGCGGCAGGCGGUAGUCCACGGCGCACGCCUCGCACCGCCGAACUGGGAACGCAAAAGGAGAGGGAUGAAGGCAGCGACGCGCAGCGGAAGUCGAAGAAAGAGAAGAAAAGGGAAAAGAAAAAGAAGACGCAACCGCACCACAAGAAAGACGGCAGCGGAGGCGACAGCGGGGAAUCGGGGAAUGAGGAGGACUCAGUCAACGGCGACGAAGACCAAGGUGCAGCUACAGGACCUACUGCUGCCGUCGCUCUUCCACCACCGCUGGGCAUCCCUGUUGCUACCGCCGUUGACGUCGCCGCGGCGCUGACAGAAUGGACGAAAAAGACAAGCGGAAUGCUCUUCAGCGGUCUUGAGCACGCAGAGGAGCUGCGCCGCGAGAAGUCGACUGCCCGCUACCCCUUCUCAGUGAUCCUGGAUAGCGGUGCGCAGCUGCGUGCGGACAUGCGGAAGGCCGCCACGCAAGGCAGUGACGACAGGGACCAAAGUGCAAGCAGGAGGAAGCGCAGUCCUGCAGCGCACCUGGCAGGCGAGGAAGAGGGCAGCCGCGACGUGGACGCCGCUUCCUCUUCUUCCGUGCUGGCCCACGAACAGAUGGUGCGCACGAACCUUUCCAUACCCUCCACCAUGCCACACCACGCCAUCGCGGCACUCAAGCAGGAGCAGGCGCUGUGCCAGCUGAAGGUGCGCCUUGCGGUGAAGUACAACACACCGCGACUGUCCUAUGCGGUGAGUGUGCGGGACUUGAUUUACGAGCUGUGCGGCGUCGAGGACAGCGAGGCGGACGCGGCGGAAGUGCAGCGCGCCUUCAAGGUCCACGACAAGAUCUACUUCUACGCGAAGCUGCGUGGCCUGUGCGCGGCACAACGCUGGGACGCGGUGGAUCGCUUCCUCGGUCCCGCCCCUCCACUGCGGAAGCGGUCGUUCUUCUCCGUCGCCGAGGGUGGCUCGGCGAGAACGCCGUGUGUUGGUUACCUGGCCGUGGUGCAGCUACUCAUGGAGUACGGGCAGGAGGAGCGCGCCGCGCGUUACGUGGCUGGUGCCUGCAGCGAGGCGGUCGAUCGGGUGGUGCUGUACAUGUCGUUGGGCGCCCCGGUGAUGGCGCUGGAGGCGGCGAUGGUGGACAAGGACGCGGGUCUCAUUCAGCAGAUUAUGCAACGCGUCCCUGCCAGCGCGAAGGUGCAGUCAGUCGGGACGCAAAUGCUCAACGACCUUCGCGAAGAUUGA